AUGGGGGGUGAAAUCUCUAGGGUAAAAGGCAAGAACAAUAUGACCCCUCCAAACUUCCUUCGUCGACGUUUACAUGACAAGAGGAAAAGAAGGCGUUUUCAUAGGCCAACAAAACAAUCUACACCUUCAAAGAAAGAAUUGCUUUCAUAUGCUAUAGAAGAUGAUGAAAAUUUAGAAGGAAGCCUAGGAAAAAGUGAGUAUGUAAUUAAGGAUAUUAAAAAAGUUGAAGCAAAUGAUGAUCAUCAAGAAAAAGUGGCAAAAUUGAUAGAAGCAAUCGUUCAAGAAGACGACGACGACGAAGAAGAAGAAGAAAGGGAUCAUGGAGAUGUUGAAGAUGAUGAUAAUAAUAAAGAUGAUCAAAGGAUGAUAAAACGUAGUUAUGAUGAUGAGGGACCUGGUUCACCAAGUUUUAGAGUAUAUUUCAUAAAUAAUAACAAUGUUGUUGAAGACGAGAAGAUUAAUGAAGUAAUAAUUGGUAUGUAUUAA